AUGGGUGACAAUUUGGAUGAAACAUCUGAAAGAACUUUACGGAACUCUAUAAUAGAAGAGUUACUGAGCCGAGCUCCACAGUUUUCUGUUCACGAUACUUUCUCAUUGCACCAUUAUGAUGUAGAACCUGAUAUUAACAACUUAUUGGAAAACCUGAUUCUCCCUCAGGAGAGUGCUCUGAAUGUUCGUCCUAUUCUCGAUGAAUUUGGAGAAAUCGUGCGUUUCGAAAACUAUGUUCUUGAUCCGGAAAACAUUGCUAGUGCCACAUGCUCUAUGUCGUUGAAUAGAUUACCAGAUGCCUCAGCUGCCAAUAGUGUUAGGGGAAGUGCAUCUAACAUUCCUUUUUUUCCUGGCGGGUUUGAAAAAAAUUUAAUAUCUGUCCUGGAUAGUGAUAUGUUAUCAUCCGAAACAGAUAAAGAAGAGCAGAAGUAUUUAGAACCAAUUGAACUGUUACGUAUACCUCCUAAAUGGGAAUAUGGAAUGACAUACAAUCAAGAAGUGGUAGACACGGAAAAACCGUCUGUGGCUUCAAACUCUCAAAUGGAAGAUCUUGACAUUUUCGAGCUUAUGGAUAUGGUUGGAGGAGUCAGUGUUUCUACGCUCAAAGAAGUUGUUGAAGCAAAGGGUGAACCUGAGGUCGAGAAGAACGAUGAAACGAAAAACAUCGAAUCCGCUGAAGAUUCUGAAAAUCUCUCAGAAAUUGAUGAAGUUUUGGCUCAAAAAUUGCAGCUAGCACUGGAGAAUAUCCCGGCUACAAAAUCAAAGCAUAAUUUUAUCAACGUAAUUGGUACCAAUAAUGAUGUACCCGCAUUCCGAGAAGUAGAGCCACGAAUGGCCAAGAAAUAUCCGUUCAAACUUGAUCCUUUCCAACAAGCCUCAGUAGUCGCAAUGGAAGAAGGAAAUUCUCUUUUUGUAGCUGCACAUACGUCUGCGGGUAAGACUGUUGUAGCUGAAUAUGCCAUUGCAUUAUGUAAAGCUCAUAAAACAAGAGUCAUUUAUACUUCACCGAUCAAAGCGUUGUCUAAUCAAAAGUAUCGAGACUUCAAGCUUGCUUUCAAUGAUGUCGGGUUGGUUACUGGUGAUAUUCAGAUAAAUAGUGAAGCAUUUUGUCUGAUAAUGACAACAGAGAUUCUGAGAUCAAUGCUUUACAAUGGCUCUGAGAUCAUACGUGAUUUAGAGUGGGUAAUUUUCGAUGAAGUUCAUUACAUAAACAAUGAUGAACGAGGACAUGUUUGGGAAGAAGUCCUCAUCAUGCUUCCAAGUCAUGUGAAAAUAGUAAUGCUUUCCGCCACAGUUCCCAAUUUUGAAGAGUUUGCGGAUUGGGUAGGACGAAUUAAGAACAGGAAAAUUACGGUCGUUAGUACGCUGAAGAGACCUGUGCCUCUUGAGCAUUGGAUAUAUGUUGAAUCUCACGGCAAGACUAAGGGUAGCACUGAGGUCUAUAAGCUUAUUGAUAGCAAUGGAUGCUGGAACACUGCUGCCUACAAAGCUGCUGUUGCUGCCAAAGAAACAACAAAAAACAAUGAAACUGGUCGCGGUCAGAACGCUACAAGGGGUUACCACAACCAACAACAAGGCUACGGUGGUCCUCAUAAUCGUGGGCAAAACAAUCAUCAGAACUAUUCGAAUUCUCCUCAUCAUCGAGGUGGAGGAGCAGGAGGAGGAGGAAGAGGAGGAGCAGGAGCAGGAGCAGGAGCAGGAGCAGGAGCAGGAGCAGGAGCAGGAGCAGGAGGAGGAGCAGGAGGAGGAGGAGCAGGAGGAGGAGGAGGAGGAGCAGGAGGAAGUUACAGAGGUCGCGACGGACACGAUCAUCACAAUCGUACUGGAGGAGGAAACUUCAAGCCUAAACGGAACGAGAAAGGCAUCUACAUUAAUAUUAUCAAUUUCCUGAAAAACAAAGAGCUGCUUCCCAUGGUUUUCUUCGUUUUUUCACGGAAGCGUUGUGACAGUAAUGCCCAGCUGGUCUCAAGCUUAGAUUUAACAACAAACGUUGAAAAGAAUCAUAUAAAGCUCUUCUUCAAUGACUGUAUCAAUCGUUUGAAAGGCUCUGAUAAGAAACUACCACAGGUUCUUAUCAUGCGGGAAUUGUGCCUCCGAGGAUUUGCUGUUCAUCAUAGUGGAAUUUUGCCGAUCCUCAAAGAAGUUGUUGAGUUACUCUUCCAAAAGGGAUAUGUCAAGAUUCUCUUCGCUACUGAAACGUUUGCUAUGGGUGUGAACAUGCCCGCCAGGUGCGUCGUAUUUGAUACUGUUGAAAAACACGAUGGGACCACGAAAAGACCUCUGAAUCCUGGGGAGUAUGUUCAAAUGGCUGGACGCGCAGGACGGAGAGGGCUCGAUUCGAUUGGAACUGUAAUAUUGUUGGCAAAAGAGCAAAGUCUACACGAUGCCGGGUAUUAUCAGAAUAUAAUGCUGGGAAAAGCUCUACCACUUGAAUCUAAAUUCCGUGUUACUUAUUCUAUGUUAUUGAAUUUACUUCGGGUUGAACAUAUACAUGUUGAGCAGAUGCUUCAACGAUCUUAUGUAGAAAGAACAUCAUUAAGAGAAGAAGAGAACAAAAAACUUAUGCUAACUAAGGUUCAAGAAGAACUCAAUAAAGCGGGAAGUUUGAGCUGCUCAUUAUGUAGUGAUAAUUUACCUGAAUAUCUCUCAACACUAGUGGAAUAUUUCCAAGCUCGAAGCGAUAUUUGGAGAGAGUUCUACAAAACAAAGAACGGUUCGGUAGUGUUUUCUACUGGAAGAGUAGUGGUUGUUUCAAACUAUGAACAGCAACUGGACCAUGCUGUAGCUAUUCUGCUUCAAGAGACAGGAAAAUCAGAAAUGAGAAAGUUUUCUGUGUUAGUUUCCUGCGAUGAGAUGUAUGCCUACAACUUUACGAAGUUAUCGAGCGAAGAUCCAGAGUGGAGUCAAAAUUGCCACAGGAUGAGAGGUGUUUGCAAAUUCGGAUUAGAUGGUGUUGGACGGCAGUCUAAUCUUGGAACUGGUGUUUUCAAAAUAGUUGAAAAUAUCACAUUCGGAGACAUCGUGUCCGUUACAAAGAAACAGUUGAAACUCGACGUCAGUCAUUAA